CGUACACGCCCCAAAAUACCCUUAUUCUCUCAUACUGGUAUGAUAAAAUAAGAUAAAAAGGGGGGUGUAGACUAUAAAGCAUCAUUCCCCAUCCAGCCACUCCCGCUCCCUUUCCUUUCCAAGCAGACGAAGGCGCAAAAAUGUCCACCACCCUACGCAAGAACCGUAUCGUAGUCUUCAGCGGCGGCAGCGCAGCAAACAACCUUAUAGACGUCUUCAGGCACCUUUGUAAAGACUCACGCCCUCUGGAUUUUAUCCUUCCCAUAUCCGAUAACGGUGGCAGCACGUCUGAGAUAUUGCGGGUGUGCGGGGGGCCGGGAAUUGGUGAUGUUCGGAGUCGUCUGAUAAGACUCGUUCCGGAAGAUACGGAUGGAGAGCGCGGCGCUAUCCGGAACCUCCUGAAUUACAGACUGCCCGCUGAUCCCGGUGGGGCGCGAUUGGAAUGGUACGGGAUUGUAGAGGGGACGCACGCUCUUUGGGAGGGGAUCCCCUCCGAAAAACGCGAACUCCUCCGCUCCUUCUUCAACCAUCUAAACCUCGAACUCCUAAAGCGCCAACGCCCAACAGCCCACUUCAACUUCCACAGCGCCUCAACGGGAAACCUGUUCUUGACUGGCGCCCGCUUCUUUACGGGCUCCUUCGAGUCGGCGAUAUACCUCUUCCACUCGAUAACCGGCGUACCAUCAAACAUCUGCGUCAUCCCGGCAAUCAAUUCUAACCACGCGCACCACAUAGCUGCAGGUCUCGCAGAUGGGUCCGUUAUUAUCGGGCAGAACGAGAUCUCGCACCCGAGCGCUUCGUCUGCUUCGCUGCUCUCGCCGGAAGAUACUCCUGCAGGGUCCGAGGCGGGUGGCAGUGGUUCUGACAACGAGGGGGAAGAGGAAGGGGGGGAUAAUUUACCCGGAUCGUUGGCGUCGCUGAGAAGUCAGAAUAUUGUGUUUUCAAAGGGACACGAAGAUAAUGAGGAAUUGUCGGAUAGGAUUGAGAGGAUUUGGUAUAUAAAUUUGUACGGGGAGGAGAUAAGGCCUCCGGCGAACCCAAAGGUUGUUAGUUCUUUGGGGUCAGCCGGGGCGGUGAUCUACAGCAUUGGGAGUUUGUACACAAGUCUUAUGCCUUGCCUUGUGCUCCGGAAUAUUGGUAAGGCAUUGGCGGGGAGUGGGAGGAACACGCCCAAGAUAUUGCUACUGAAUGGGUCGCAUGAUCGGGAGACAGGGCCAGAUCAUGAGGAGUUUACGGCUACGGAUUUUGUGAGGGCUAUUGUACGGGGGUGUACCUCUUCCAUGGGGGAGAAGGAAGGUGGGGAGAUUGGAUGGAACAGGUUCGUUACGCAUCUCGUCUAUCUGGAAGGCAAUGGGGCUCCUGUUGUGGAUACAGCCGAGUUGAAGAGGACGGGGAUAGAGUGUAUGAGGGUCUAUGGGAGGAAGAAUCCCGACGGAGAAGGAAGGGGGAUGUUGUAUGAUCCUACGGCUCUUGCUCAGACCCUUGAGACGAUUCUGGCUGCGAGAACCAAGGGGGCCGACGUCAGGAGGAUGACCGUAGGCGCAUAUGGGAGGUCGCUAUAA